CCGUGGCCACUUUCGCUCGAGCUAGUCUCUUCAGGCCUUCUCUCGGCCUUUCUUUGUAGUUCUUGUUGCGCAACGGCAAUGAUUCGCGAGACCCUCCGUCACCGCUACCCCGAACGCGUGCCGGUAAUUUGCGUGCACAGCCGGGAUGCCAGCCAGAUCAAAAAAAUGCUCGUGCCCAAUGAUACAACAGGUGCUGCGUUCCAGGCGAUGGCUCGUAAAUGGUGUCCGUGGGCUGCGCAGGGCGGCGAAGUCCUGCUUUGCAAAGGCAAGGGUACCGAUACCGUGAAGGUUCCAGAAGAGAAGACGCUGCAAGAGCUGGAUUCUGAGUAUAUGGCGCCAAACGGAGUGAUAUAUUUCAUGGUGGAAGCUGCCAAGGAUGAUAAUCAGGAUGCACCAAAGGAUCCAAAAGAGCCGCAAGGCGUCAAGAUCAACCAGGCUGUCCCUGAGGAGCCGAAGAAAGCCAAGGAUGAGGUGACAGCGUCUGAAGAUCGUAAGCAGGAUGACAUCGUUGGAAGAGCCAGGCGACUGCGCGAGAAGCAUCCACGCCACCUUCCAGUCAUCAUCAAACAGCCAGCGGCAGCAGGGUUGCCUGCGCUUGACAAGAAGCUUCUGAUUCCUGGAAGCAUGCCUUGCAGAGAUUUGCACAAGAUGGUUCCGAAGUACCUGGCCUGCGAACACUUGGACCUGGACUGGAACAACGUGAUCUUUCAGCUUGCUGGCCAGUCCAUCGGGGAGGGCAUCGAGGAACACGAGUUAAUGGCAGAGGUCUACACUCGUUGCGUCGGUGAGAAGGACGCAGGAAUCAUGCUCUCUUUGAAGCCACGGAGCCAUCCUUGCAGGAGCACCUGGAUGGAAGCCUGGUUUAGGGCGAUGGGCGAUUUGCAGUGCUUUUCGAGGUCCGCGGGUCAAAGGCAUCUGCGAGCCGCCAAUAGUUUGUGUUUGUGA